CAGAGCGAGGCGGUGAGCGGAGCUGGUCGCGUGAGGUGCGGCGGCUUCUUUUCAGGUGGAACUGGUAGCGGAGGCCCCGGGCCCGAGAGCAAAAGAGCCAGAGCGACCCCUCUGAGCUUUGAGCGCGGUCAUCAUGGAUCGUCCCGAUGAGGGGCCUCCGGCCAAGACCCGCCGCCUAAGCAGCUCUGAGACCCCUCAGCGCGAUCCACCACCUCCGCCACCUCCGCCGCUCUUGCGUCUGCCCCUGCCGCCACCCCAGCAGCGCCCGAGGCUCCGAGAGGAAACCGAGGCUGCACAGGUGCUGGCUGACAUGAGGGGGGUGGGACUGGGCCUCACGCUGCCCCCACCUCCACCCUAUGUCAUUCUCGAGGAGGGGGGGAUCCGUGCGUACUUCACCCUGGGUUCUGGGGGACCCGGCUGGGAUCCUACCAUCGAUUCAGGGUACGGGGAACUACCCCCACCCGCAGGAAGCCUGGAAACACUCCCUGCUUCCGAAGCCAGUGGGGGUAGCCUGGAAAUUGACUUUCAGGUUGCGGAGCCCAGUGGUCUUGCUGUAGAGAAGGCCCUAGAAACCUGUAGCUCAGGGGGAUGGGAGCCCCAGGUGUUAGUCGGUCCAAAGAGGAAGGAAGAGGCUGUCAUUUUAGUCGAGGAUGAGGAUGAGGAUGAGAAAGAAAGUGGGAGGAGGCGGAGGAGGCGGAGGAGGAGGAAGCAGAGGAAGGGGAAGAAGGAAAGCAAAGAGAGGAAUGCCCAGAGGAUAGAAAGCAUCCUGGAGGCUCUGGAGAGCAUUCAAAUGGACCUGGAGGCUGUGAACAUCAAGGCUGGAAAGGCCUUCCUGCGUCUCAAGCGUAAGUUCAUCCAGAUGCGAAGACCUUUUCUGGAGCGCAGAGACGUCAUCAUCCAGCAUAUCCCGGGCUUCUGGGUCAAAGCAUUCCUCAACCACCCCAGAAUUUCAAUCUUGAUCAACCAACGUGAUGAAGACAUUUUCCGCUACUUGACCAAUCUCCAGGUACAGGAUCUCAGACAUAUCUCGAUGGGCUACAAAAUGAAGCUGUAUUUCCAGACAAACCCCUACUUUACAAACAUGGUUAUUGUCAAGGAAUUCCAACGCAACCGCUCUGGCCGACUGGUGUCUCACUCAACCCCAAUCCGCUGGCACCGUGGCCAGGAACCCCAGGCCCACAAUCGCCGGAACCAGGAUACCAGUGACAGCUUCUUCAACUGGUUUUCAAACCACAGCCUCCCAGAGGCUGACAGGAUUGCUGAGAUUAUCAAGAAUGACCUGUGGGUUAACCCUCUACGUUACUACAUGAGAGAACGUGGCUGUAGGACAAACAGAAAGAAGCGAGAAGACAAGGAGAGGAGCAAUAAGGAGCAAUAUGAAAUGGUGAUCAUGGAAGAUGACCAUGAGUAUUACGGAAUGGAACACAUUCUCAGUGAGAUUUCAGACAUCGACGAGACCGACAACGAACCCAUCCACAACAUCAAGAUCUCUGACUUCAUGGAGACCACUGACUACUUCGAGACCACUGACAAUGAGAUAACUGACAUCAACGAGAGCCUGUAUGACAGUGAGAACCUACACCACCAUGAGAACCCCAACGAGACCACUGACAACAAUGAGAGUGCUGAUGAGAGUCCUGAUGACAACAGCGAGAACCAGGAAGAAAACAACACGUAUGAUAAUGGGAACCUCACCUAUGAGAAUAUUUACGGUGACAAGAAGAACCUGGAAAGUGGCCACCAAAGCAGCACUAGCACCAACCAAGACAGCAGUGAUAGUGACAAUGGAGAUGAGCGCAGUGAUGAAGACGAUGACGGCAAUGAAGGUGACAAUGAAGGCAGUGAUGAUGAUGAUAGAGACAUUGAAUACUACAAGAAUCACUUUGAAGUCUUUGACAAGGAUCUGGAAAACAGCAUCAACCAAGGCAUUUAUGAGGAUGAAAUAGAGAUCAUCUCUGAUGAAUCAGAGGAGGAAGAGGGCAGUGUAGAAGGUAGUGAACCAGACAGCUAUGAGGAGGAAGGAAGGGAAGUGGAUUCAGAAGAUUCUGAUAUUGAGGAGGUGCUCCAGGUCCCCAACGAUUGGGACGACCCGGAGAAGUGGGGGAAAAACGACUAAACACCUUACCCUUUGGAGGACCAGUCUGUACCUCCUGUCUCCUGCCCUAUUUGCCCUCCCCCUCAGCUAGGGCCACGCGGCCCCACAUUGCACUUCUGGGGGGGUGACCGACUUCGUACACGGGUUUAAAGUUUAUUUUUAUGGUUUAAUAAUUGCAGAGUUCUUAUUUUGGGAUGGAGGGAGGGAAAGGAGAAUUCCUCCUUUUUUGACCCUCCUUCCCUGCAGGCUUCUGUGUGCUGCUAAAUGUAUUUAUUGUGAUGCCUUGGUCAGGGCCCCUCUAGCCCCUUUCUCCUUGUCAGUGUUAGCCCCAACCCCUCUCCCUGUGCUGUGUGACGUGGACACCCUGAUGCCGAAGCCAGGAGGACAGUUGUGGCCUUGACCGCAGCCGUACCGUGGCUUUGCUGCCACCCUGUUCUCCCAAGUCUCUUUCUCCCUUGAACCCCUUUCUCGCCAUGCCCACUAGCCCGCCUCGGUGUCUAUGCAAGGCCGCUUUGCCAUUGCGGUAUUCCUCCCCCCUCCCCCCAGAAGUCCCGCCUCUUUCCUUGUGAACCCUAAUAAAAUUUA